GCGCACAGAGAGACACUCCCCCUCCCUUUCCACUACCCAACAACCGUUCCCGGGGACCCCCGAGCGAGCAGGCCAGGCAGAGCAGACGCACUGCACAACACAGAGCAGACACCUCCUUCUCCAUCCCCAGGAUAUGAGAAUACUAUGAUAUGAUGAUCGACCCCUUCUUCCACCUCCACUCCAACUUGGCUUCACUUCACACGCGUGCGUACAAAGGGAAGGGAACCCCGCACCACCGCACUGCUUUCCGCGCGCACUAAUACUCUCCCCUCCCACCCGUAAUUACCGCCGCCGCUUCAACGGACGACGACGGGGCCGUCUUCUCCUUGCAAUGAGGGCACACCGGGGGUGCCGGAUGCCUUGCAUUUCUUCUUAAUCGAGACACGCUUUGUUUGUGUGUGUUUGACUUUGUGUGCGCCAAGAAGAGGCCGGAGCUAGCCGGCAGCAAUGGCCGCCGGGAGGAGGCUCUCGGAGCUGCUCCAGGAGCAGCAGGAGCCGUUCCUCGUCGAGGCCGCCAAGAAGACCAGAAGGCUGCGGCGCGGCCGUCUAGGAGGAGCUUGCUGCCCCGUGGCCGCGUGCCGCCGGCUGCUCAGGCUCUGCAACCACGGGUUCAAGAAGAGGAGGGGCGCCAGUGCCACGGCCGCCGCCAGCAGCAGCGGCAUUGGUGGCGGCGGCCUGAGGUCCGCGCUGAGCAAGGUGCUGUGCAGCAAGGCCAUGAGAAGGGUGCUGCGUUGGGAGAAUCUUGGCGGCGGCGGCGGCGGCGCCGACCGGGGCGAGUUCCGCCGGCUGCGGCGGUCCGCCGGCGACAGCGGCGAAUGCGAUGUCCGCGCCAUGGAAUUCGACACGAGAUGGAAGGCGGCGGACAUGGAGGAGAUGGAUGUGGACUCGUCGCGGCAGCUCAGCCCGGUCUCCGUCCUCGACCUGGAGCUGCACUCCGACGACGACUCUCCGGCGCAUUCCCGCUGGGAGGACGAGAAGCCAUCGACCUCCGGGAGCUCGCCUCCAUCGGAAGAUCGUCUCCAGGACCCUACCUCGCCAUGCUUCGCCUACGACGUCCACGACAAGGCUCGCGCAAUGGAGACAGAGGAAGAAGAAGACGAUGAGGAGACGGUCAGAAACAACGGCCGCAGCAAGCGUAUCGAAGAGCAGAUCUCGUCGUGGGAGAGGAUCGCGGGGGACAUCUCCAGGAUCCCCAGCAUGGUGGAGUCGGACCUGUCGCAGUACAUGCAGCAAUGGAGGGAGCUCAGGCCUGAGGUCAGGGAGAUCGGCGCCAGGAUAGAGACCCUCAUCUUCGAGGAGAUCGGGAGGGAGACCGUCUGUGACAUGCUUGCCUCACACUGUACAUUGGCACCAGCAUCUCGUUGUCAUUGACCAGAGAGAGAGAGGGGGAGAGAGAACAGAGAGAGGUUGUAGUGGGGUGGUUAAAAAAAAAUAUUACUAGAGGGUUUGUGUAAUUUGAGGCUUGAUGUGGAAAUGAUUAUUUCCCCAACUCCAAAGUCUUGGUCUGUUCUGCUGUGCGUCGGGUUCCAUGUUGUUUAUUCUGCAAAGUGACGAUACAGUGGAUGGCAAAGGACAGGUUCUGUUCUUCGUAAA